GUUCGAUUUUGGAAGGCUCGCCGGGAGCUCUCACCUAGGCUCGGCUGAGGAUUGGCUGUUCCGGGGCUGGGGAGCGCUUUCUCCGGGGAGCCGCGGCUGCGACCGAGGUGGCUCGCCUCGGGAGGCCAGCUACUGGAGAACAGAAACACCAGAAGCCCUUGCGUUGGUCAAGACCCCCAGGCUUGGGAAGGGCCCACUGAGCUGCUGACGUCCCUCCCUGCUCUUUCCUCAGCACCCAGGAUGGGCACCCCUGCAUCUGUGGUCAGCGAGCCACCCCCCUGGCGGGCCCCUCCGGAGGUCCGGGGCCGCAAGCAGGCCGCGGCCAACAUCUUCCAGGACGCUGAGCUGCUGCAGAUCCAGGGCCUGUUUCAGCGCAGCGGGGACCAGCUGGCCAAGGAACGGGCACAGAUCGUCUGGGAGUGUGCAGGGGACCAUCGUGUGGCCGAGGCCUUGAAGAGGCUGCGCAGGAAGAGGCCCCCUCGGCAGAAGCCCCUCGGCCCCUCGGUACACCACUGCAGCAGGCUCAGAACCGCAGAGCCCUGUGCUCCACCGGCCGAGCCACAGAGCAGCGCCACGGAGAUGGCUUCCAGUGAGCAGUAUGUGAACUCUAGGAGGGCCAGUGCCCGGAUCCGCCGGAACUGGAGGAAGCCAGGACCCACAAGCUACCUCCAUCAGAUCAGACACUGAGCCGGGGAAGGGGCCAGGGCCGGCUCUAUCCUCCCCAGGAGUCACAGAGACUUUUGCCAAAGGGCUGGGGAAGGCCAAGAAGAGACAGCCUCACUGCUGCCACUGGCCUGUGCGGGCCAGAACAGGCCCGGAGGCUUCUGCUGAGCUGUCACAGGGGACCCGUUCCUCACCAGACUGUGGAAAAGCAGUGCCCGUUUCUGCCUCAGCCCUUUUCAGUUUAACACUAUGCCUGGGCUGCAGGGUAGCCUUCCUGGGAGUCAAGUGACAGGCACUCUGACGCAGCAUCCCACUACUCCUGCUACAACUGUGGCCCAUGAUCCAGCAGCUCGUCCCACACCCCUGCCCCUUCAGGCCAGCACAGGAAAAACGUAGUUCAAGUGGCAAAAUAAAACCAUGUGCAUCGA